AUGAUUAAAGGCGGCUAUGGUGGUGGCGGCUAUGCAACUAAUUACCGUGGCCCACGCAAUACCGAUGGCGCGGGAAGUGGAGGCGGUCAAACCGCCGUUAAAUUUUUGUCAAAUGACCUUUGGCAUCGAGUGAUAGUUGCUGGUGCUGGAGGUGGUUCUGACAAUGAACAUACCGUUGGAUCUGAAGAUGAUGGAUCAGGAGGAUCAGGCGGUGGCCUUACUGCUCAAGGAUACUGGAUUAAUGGCGUGUUGAAAUCAGAUCGAUUAGCUAAUUCCAAUUUUGGAUUUACAUUUGGAUUCGGUGAAUCAGCUCAAGAAUUUGGAUCAAAAAAUCAAAAUGGUGUUCGAAAUUUUGGAGGAUCAUCUGAUAGAGCAGGCGCAGGAAGCGAUUGGUUUGGAGGAUUUGCAAGUCACAACGGAAAUGGAGGUUCAGGAGGAGGAAGCUCGUGGGCACUAUCAGCAAAUGCAAUCAUCCCUCAAGGAAAAAUUGAAGUUCGAGAUAGUUUUUACAAUCUAAAUGAUAGUCGCCCAUAUUCAUUCAGUCUUGAUGAUGGAUAUCUCUUCAGUGAUGUCAAGACAUAUCCAGGUAUCUGGGAAGGCAACGGUCUUCUUGUUAUCACAAUUCUGGACAGCAUCAUAUAUCCUUCUUGUGUUUCUAUCAAUUGCUCACACUUUUCAUAUUUCCUUUUAUUUAUUUUAUUUUUCGAAACACAAUCAUAA